AUGGCCAAACCUCGCGUCCUCAUCGCCGGCGCUGGCGCCAUGGGCAUGAUCACAGGUUAUAUCCUCAGUCUCGCUGGCGCAGAGAUAACAUUCCUCGUACGGCCACACCGCGCUGAAGCACUAAACCAUCCACAAGUACUUUACUACUACAUCGACAACAAAUUGAAGGAAUUCAAGGAGUACACUUACCUCACUGAACCACCACAAAUCCUCGACAAGGAAGCAUAUGAUUUUAUCGUAAUCACCCUUGACGGUGCUGCUCUAAAAAACGAGGCUGGUCAGAAUCUAGUCAAGACCAUAGGGUCUGCUGUGCGCCAGUCCACCGCAAGAAACACCGGAAUCAUUCUUGGAACUGUAUUUCUUAAUAUCCGUUCCUGGUUCUUGGAAGUAUCUGGCCUAUCCGAAGAUCAAGUGGCACUCGGCUGGUUCACGAUCCGUGCCUAUUCAACUGCUGCAGUCACGCUACCUUUACACCCUCCCACAGACCCAGAGCUACUCUCGAAAGCUAGUAUCGCAUGGAUCGACAAUCUCGGCGAUGGAUUCGGUGUCGACGACAGCGCGCCUGAAGUUGCAAAUGCAUUUGCAAAGCUAUACAAUUCCAGCGGGGUAUCGACCUGCGGCAUCACACCGAAGGCGCAAGAGACGUUAUACAUGAACCCCAUAUUCGCGAUGUACGCUGCGUGCGCACUUCUCGACUGGCCCUGGUUUAAAGAUAUUGACACUCAAGGAGAAAUCUGGCGCCUUGCGGUUGCAGCUGCAAAGGAGAUCCAGGGUCUGAGUAUUCAUGGAGAACUGGGCCAACAGGCGGCAAAGACGACUACGGAGGCGUCCAUAGCUAAGAGGUUUGCGGACAUAGAUGCGAAACUACUUCCGCUUGAUAAUCCGGCGUUUAACCGGUAUCAUCAUGGAGGGAAGGUUAAUGAGCAGGAUACGGAACAUCUCCGUGCUUGUGUUGCUUUUGGGGAGGGGGAGGGGAAGGAUCUGACUGCGCUGAAGGAAUUAAUUCGCCGAGUUGAGAGUGUUUCGUAG